AUGAAAUUCUCACAAACUACCUUACUCGCUGUCUUGGCUUCAUCUGCUUUUGUUUCGGCUGCCCCAGCUAUUGUUGCUGAACAAUCCAUGGUCAAGAGAGAAGAUGUUAACGAUGUUUUGGCCAUCUUGAAAGAAAUUAAAGAACAUAACGCUAAAAGAGAAUACUUGGAAGGUGAUGCAUUGAUUGAGCACGACAAAAGAGCUGACUCUGCUUUGGGUAACUUAAUCUCCGCUUUGAGUAACUCGGGUAUUAUUAGUCAAGUUUGGAACACAUUAACCACUAAUGAUGCCAUCAAAACUUCACUUUCCAACAUUGUCCAAUCUGCUAUCCAAACCGCAGUUGUCCAAGGUCCAGCUUUGAUUUCAGCUAUCUGGAACUCAGGUUUAUUGGGAGAUAUUUUCAACGAUUUCUUGAACGAUACUGAUUUGAGAAGCGCUUUCUUGGAUGUUGCCAAAUCUAUCUUUGGUACUGCCGUCAACUUGAUCACCUCAUGGUUGAGUGGAUCUUCAUCAUCAAGCACCACCACCGCUGCUGCUUCAACCUCAACUGGUACUGCUGCCAAGAGAGAACUUUUGGACCUUAACGCUGAAUAUAUUGACAAGAGAGACUUGUCCUCAAUCAUUCAAUUCAUUGUUCAAGAAAUCUCAGAUUCAGGAAUUGUCUCCUCAUUGGUCAACAAGGCCUUGGCUGAUCCACAAGCUUCCAUCAGCUUCUUGACCUCAGCUUUCCAAAACGGUUUGGUCAUUGUUCAAGAUGUCUAUGACUGGGCUAAACAAUCAGGAUUGUGGGACUCUGCUUUGUCUUACAUCUCAGCUAACGCUGGUACUUGGGCUUCUGCCAUUGCUUCCUUUUUGGGUAACGCUUUGACAUCCGGAACAGUCAGUGCAUCAGAAAUUGACAAUGCUAGCUCUAGUGUAUCAGCUAGAUCUACUACUCCUGUUAGCACUGCUGCUGCUGCUAACUCUGCAAUUGCUGCUACUACUGCUGCUCCAGCUGCUACAUCUACCACUGCUGCUGCUGCUACUGGUACUACUGGUACUACUGCUACUACUGCUGCCUCAGGUAACAAUGAUGCUUUGAACUCAUUGAUCGACAAAUACGGUGGAUCUUCUGCCACUACUGCUGCUGCUAGUGUAGACACCUCAGGAUUGUCAGGAAGCGUAAACCAAUUGGUAAGUGCUGCUGGUCAAGCUGCUUCAUCUUUGAAGAGAAGAAACUACUAA